UUCGAAUCUUGAUCGUGUGCGUCACUGAGAUUCUGUAGAGCAAAACCCUAACAUUUUCCGGUGAGAGAGAUGAGUAUCAUCCGUAAAGCUAUCAGUUCGAGUUUGUGCAUCCGGCCGUUGGAUCCGGUGACCAGUCGUAACUCUCUUCCGUUUCUUCAGGAGUGGAGGAAAUCUCUAUCUACUGUCACGGAGCAGCCUCCUUCCUCUCCGUUACCACCGUCUCCCGGAGGUUCGCCGGUCAGCGGAUUAAAUAGGCCGUUGGGAGAAGGGAAGUUGUAUGGGAAAUUUUCAGGCUUUUCGAAACAUACCCUGAAGACUGAUAUUAUGAGCAUACUUGAGGGAUGCAAUGUGACACCAGAUGAUCUCAAAUUCAGCUAUAUGCGUGGUGGAAACUUAAACCCUGCGGCAGUUUAUGUGCAAUUCCCUUCCCGCUCCUCGUACGAUAGUGCAAUGCGGGCAAUCGCGAAGAAGGGAAGGCUCUAUAGAUUAGAAAGGGCUACUCAUUCUCAGUGGAAUCCCAUUGUUCCGUAUGACGGGAAAGUGGUUGCACUGCACGGGCUUCCUGUGAAUGCUAUUAUAGAUGACAUCGAUAGGUUCUUAUCCGGCUGUCUCUAUCAUCCUGGAUCCAUCCAGUUUCUCACAAUUCAAGGACUCGGGAGUUCUAAGAGGGUGGCAUUGGUGCGUUUCACAUCACAGACCCAGGCAAUGAACGCAUACAUUACAAAGAACCGGAACUUCCUUCUCAACCAACGAAUCUCGUUGCAAGUUCUGCAGUAAUUUCUUUGUUCCCUUUCCAUUCUCAUGGUGUACGUUAACGUUAAUACAUCCGACGCACAUUGUUUUGUGUCAUUACUGUUGCUAUCUUCUAGGUCAAUUUGAUUUUUUGAAAAUUUAUACUCUGCAAACUCCAUGAUGCUGAAAUUACUGUUGUCUGGUACAAUCUGAAGUUCACAAAUAACAAAUUUGGGUAUCUGAAGUUUAAGCAGAUUCAGCUAUCUGAUGUUUUUUCUGUCUUGCA